AUGACGCUAAUCAAGCAUCAACAUGUGCACCAAUCCUUUAUAAAGGAUGCAUUUUCUCCGUACAUGAACAAUAAAUACACUCACAAUAGUUGGUUCUUCAGAAAAGGUAAAAUCUCUUUUUCUAAGGUACAGAGAAAGGUUUCCACAGGGUGCGUCUCUCGGAGCGUGAAAGCUGUAAUGAAGAAAAACAGUACCAUGUCGUCCAACAGCAAGUCUAAGUCGAGGAAUGUGAAGGUCAUUGUGACCGUGAAGGGUAGUGGUGGUGGCCUUCUAACUCAUCUUGUUAAAGAUGGAGUUCAUGGGAUUGAAGAAUUGGUUGGAAAAACUCUUGUUUUGGAGCUUGUGAGCAAUGAGCUAGAUUCAAGUAAGUUUUGA